AUGGCCCCGACCCGCUUAAAGGCGGCGGCGGCCGCGCCGCGGGCAGAGCGAGGAGUCUCCGCCGGCCACCGCCGGCCCGGAGCCGGCGCCAAGAUGCCCAGGGGCUUCCUGGUGAAGCGCAGCCGGCGGCCCACCCCCGUGUCCUACCGGGCGCGCUGCUGCCGCGAGGCCGCCGCCGGCCCGCCGCUCCCCCCCGGCGCCGCCCCGCCGCCCGCCUGCCCCGCCGCGCCGCCGCCCCCGCCGCGGGACUCGCCGCCGCCCGUGCCCUUCGGGACGCCCGAUGCCGCCGUGCAGGCGCUGUACAGCCCCACGCGGCCCGUCAGCAGGGACAAGUACCUGGAGCGCGGCUUCAGCUUGGGCUCGCCCGUCUCGGCCGAGUCCUUCCCCGCCCCGGCCGUUCCCGGCACCAUGGACCCGCUCCUCUUCGCCCCGGCCGAGCUCAAGCUCUGGGCCGCCGCCGGCCACGUCGAGCCGCCCGCCGCCCACUCCGGCCCCGGCGGAGCCCCCGCGCCGCCCGCCCCGGCCGCGCCGCCCGUCUCUGGCCGCCCGCCGCCCAACAAGCGCCCGCCGGGCGCGGCCGAGCCCGGGCGGCACAAGGCUCCGUCGGGCAAGAAGACGAAGGCGAUCCGCAAGCUGACCUUCGAGGACGAGGUGACCACCUCGCCCGUGCUGGGGCUGCGCAUCAAGGAGGGCCCGGUGGAGGCGCCGGCCAAGGCGCGGGGCGGCUGCGCCCGCCCGCUGGGCGAGUUCAUCUGCCAGCUCUGCAAGGAGGAGUACGGGGACCCCUUCGCGCUGGCGCAGCACCGCUGCUCCCGCAUCGUCCGGGUGGAGUACCGCUGCCCCGAGUGCGAUAAGGUCUUCUCCUGCCCCGCCAACCUCGCCUCCCACCGCCGCUGGCACAAGCCGCGCCCGCCCGCCGCCAAGGGUGGCCCCGAGUCGGGCCGGGCACCGGCCGCGGCCCCGAGCCCGGCGGAGGAGCCGCCGAAAGAGGCGAGCGGCGGCAGCGGCAGUGAGCGGGACACGCCGAGCCCCGGCGGAGCCUCGGAGGCUGGCUCCGAGGAGGGGCUCUUCGAGUGCCCCCGCUGCGCCAAGCGCUUUCGCCGGCAAGCUUACCUGCGCAAGCACCUGCUGGGGCACACCGCCCCGGCCCCCGCGCCCGCCCCGGAGCCCGCCGCCGAGGAGCCGCCCGCCGCCGAGUGCCGCCUCUGCCCCGUCUGCGGGGAGACCUUCCCCAGCAAGAGCAGCCAGGAGCGGCACCUGCGCCUCCUCCACGCCGCCCAGGUCUUCCCCUGCAAGUACUGCCCGGCCACCUUCUACAGCUCGCCCGGCCUCACCCGGCACAUCAACAAGUGCCACCCUUCGGAGAACCGGCAGGUCAUCCUGCUCCAGGUGCCGUUGCGUCCCGCCUGCUGAGCCGCCCGUGCCUUCCCCGCCGGCCCCGCGCCGCUCCCCCGGGGCCGCCACACGAUUAGCUUUAAUACGGCUUGCGACCUGCUGGAAUCUGGCUUUACACUUACCUUCCCGGGGUCUCUCCUUUCUUUUUUUUUCUUUUUUUUUUUUUUUUUCCCUUUUUUUUUUUUUUUUUUUUUUUUUU